AUGGUGGUGGAGAGGGAGAAGAAGUGGGUGACUGUUGGUGACACGUCCCUGCGGAUCUACAAGUGGGUCCCCGUGACAGAGCCGAAGGUUGACGAUAAAAACAAGAAUAAGAAGAAGGGUAAAGACGAGAAGUGCGGCUCGGAAGUGACCACUCCGGAGGACAGCUCGUCUCCGGGGAUGAUGGACAUGCACGAUGACAACAGCAACCAGAGCUCCAUAGCGGACGCCUCCCCCAUCAAGCAGGAGAACAGCAGCCACUCCAGCCCCGCUCCAGAGCCCACCACAGCCGUGCCCAGUGAUGGCGCCGAAGCCAAGGCCGACGAGGUGCAGACCGACGGGAAGGAGCACCCCGGGACUGAAGAUGCUUCUGAGGAGCAGAAUUCACAGCCUUCGCUGGAAAACUCGAACAGCUCAGAGAAAGCAGAUCGGCAGCCGUCCGCAGAGUCGGGGCUGGCAGCGGACACAUGCACAGUCUCUCAGGAUUUGGAAGGAGCCCCGCCCUCUAAAAAGAUGAAGCUGGAGCCUUGUCAACAGAACGCGGAGGAGAUGUAGGCGCUGAGUUGAACCCUCUGGUCCGUGUUCAUCAGCAGGUUUUAUUCUAGAACAACGGUGCCCGAGCGAUUCUUCUUGGGCGCAGACAGAACUACUAACAUUUCAAGUUUACCAAGUGCAAAUCCAAGAAAACCUAGAACGGCGUAACUUCUCAAGACACUGAAGAACUGCUGUGAAGCAAACCCCGAGCCUCCCCGGAGGCAGGCCACGGCUCAGGAGCGUCCGCACACUGCCACGGAAGCCGAGAUUCCAUUUGUGUUGCUGCUGUAUCCCCUCCCCGUCUCUAUUUAACGAAAUAAGCUAUGCGAGGGUGGUACCAAUCAGGAAUUCGCUUUUCAUCCGGGGCUUUUCACUGUUCAACCAAUUCCUUCCGCUUUCUUUUUUUGUGCCUUGUGCCCUUGAGGUGACCUCUGGCAUGUUCUCUAGGUUUUUUGCAUCUCUUUUUGCAAAAUGCCCCCUCCUUUUGGUUGAGGCGGCAACUGCCAUACUCCUCUCCCCUCUCCCCCCUCUCCCUCCCUCCCCUCUUCCCCCUCUGCCCGAGGAACAGGCAGGGUUGGAGCCACAGUGGCGCAGGUGCCCCUUGGCUGGCUUGGUUUCAGGGGGUGGUGCUGGGCCUGCCCUGAGCCCUGGGUGGGGUGAGGCCCAGCCCCCAAGGACUGACCUCCUGGGCCCAAGCGGGGUGGCCCAGAAGGGCAUGCCGAGCCCUUAGAUUCUGUUCCCGCUUCCCCUCCUCGCCCUCCCCCACCAUCACCGCCACCCCAGCACCGCUUUUUCCCAGGCCUCCGAAGACAAAGUGGCUUCUCUGGCUGAGCUAGCCAGCGGCAGACGCAGACGCUGCGGGGCUGGGGCAGCGGGGCGCGCGGGCAGGCGGGCGGCAGGAGUGGCUGGUGCUGAACUUCCUCACAGGGACAGAUGUUGCGUGGAUUUCAAAUCCACGGAAACCUGCCGCCCUCUGCCCCGCUCCCUGGGCAAAACCGCAGCCGGCAAGCCCGCUUGCUCCCGCGUCCUGUGCUGACCCCCAGAGCCUCAUUCCUAGCAGCGCCGCCGCCGCGGCAGAGCCGGCCUUGAAGAUUGGGCCUUAAAGGCCCAAAACCAGGCACAGAGGAACUGGAAAGAUUUGCACACCCUCCAGAAAGGAGCAGCCGGAUCUCCAUUCCCAUCCCGCCCAGGCCAGGCG